AUGAGCCUCUGCUUUAAGAUAGAGCAACUCAGCCAAAACAACAACUCGAAACCCAAAUUUGUUCGUGCUGGCCAAAACCAGCAAAAGCAACACAGCUGGCAAAGUAGAGGAGAAAACAAUCAAAAUAUUCCACAAAGGUUCAAACCAAUAAACAUUCAGGUGUCUGUGGAACCCCCACAGAUCAAGGAAAACUCCAUUCAGCACAGUCAAACUAGCAAACAACUAAUAUUAAUGACUGCUGAAGGCAAUAUUUGGAAUGCCAGAAAACAGACAUAUGAAAAAGUGCUAUUUUUCUUCGAUUCUGGGGCACAAAAAACAGUAAUCGAAGAGAAUCUUGCACAACAGCUCGGUCUACCCAAGAACACGACCAAAAUCUGCACCAUGUCCGGAAUUGGUGGCCAUAUCGAGUGCUUCGAAAGUCAUAAGGUUCCGGUAAAACUAGGAACUGCUUUCGGAGAAGAAAUUUGCAUGACCAUACAGACCAAACCAGUCAUAACAAACGGAUUCCCUUCAGUGAAAUUGAACACAGAAGAUAUUGAGUUCUUGAAAACAAACACUAUCUGUCUAGCAAAUUCAAAGCUUCGUGGUGAACAUCAAAAUCCACACAUUCUCGUUGGACUGGACUACUACCACGAUUUAGUUACGGAUCCAGCAAACGGAAUCCGAACACCAUCUGGCUUUCAUAUAGCAAAAACGGUUUUUGGACCCACAAUUUAUGGUCGAGGAAUCAGCAAAGUAAGUGAAACCGCUAACACAGUAUGUCACAGCCUGACAGGAAUUUCCGAAAACACGGAACAAGAACUCUUACAGAAAAUGUUUGAGUUGGACGGCCUCGGUAUCAUGCCGGAAGAAACCCAGGGAGACGAAAAAGUUCAAAGAUAUUCCGAGGAAUACUCGAAAUUGAUCUCAUUUGAAAACAACACCAUCACAGCUCCCUUUCCGCUGAAAGAAAAUGUAAUCCAGUUGGAAAAUAACUACUCAGUAGCUAUAAGAAGGCUAGAAUCCUUACAAAACAUCCUCUUAUGUAAUCCUGAACAAAAGCAAUGGUACUGCGAUCUCGUGAACAAAUAUGUCAGUGAAGGGAUCGUAGAGACCUUCGACACAGCAGACCGUUAUGCGGCUGGAAUAUAUUAUAUGCCACAUACAGGGGUUGGGCGACGACCUGUGGUGAAAGCUAAGCUCGCCGUGGCAUGGCUGCUUAGUUUGGGGAAAAGUCUCUUUGCCACUCCAGCAUAUUCACUGCCUCAGUACCCUGCACACUGGGCCCUGCCGUCUCAGACGUCGGACGGUAUGGCGACCGGUGAGAGGCGAUCAAAUCUCAGGUUGCUCAGGACGUCAUUGAUUCUGGACCAAGGCGACACACGCACGACUCGCCAUGGAGACUGUCUCAGACUGUGUACUUACAACGCGAGAACAGUUUCCACAGACGCCGACCUGCAUGCCCUUCUCGGAGCUGCAGAGCGUAUCAAAUUUCACGUGAUUGCUCUGCAGGAGACCAAGUGCAGAAGGAGCGACGUACGACAGAUGAAUGACGGUACACUCGUCAUUCGUGGAGAGAAGGUUCCGUCGCGAAAUGUAGGCGGUGUUGGUUUCGUUGUGCACCCAUCUGUCGUCCAUCUCGUCGAUUCUCACGAGAUCCUGUCACCUCGUCUGGCCAUUCUUCGCCUCCGCCCUCUGCGCCAAAAAUCCAUCAGUAUCAUCAACUGCUAUUCACCAACAUCAGCAGCUGAUGAUUCCGAAUUAGACGCGUUUUACGAGGAGCUGGAGGAAGCCACAGAAGAGGAAUACAGGAUUGGAAGAUUUGGACUAGGGGACCGGAAUGAAAAUGGCAAUCGUCUCGCCGGGCUGUUGUCCGCCGCUCGCCUCUUUCAUGGGAACUCUCUUUUCAUGAAAAAAGAUCAUCGUCGGUGGACAUGGGAAUCGCCCAAUGGCGCGACUCGUGCGGAGAUCGACCACAUACUCACCAACCGGAGGUGGUGUCUACUUGACGUCUCAGUAGUACCAUCCUUUUGUAGUGGUUCUGAUCACCGUCUCCUUCGUGCGAAAAUACGACUUAGCCACACGAUGGAAAAGAACAUCUGCUAUCGGCAACGAAGGAGAAAAGAAGUCGUCUACGACGAUUGCGUACUCGAGGACUCCCUGUCCCAAGGUGACUGGCACAUCGAGGAGGACCCAAACGUGGACUACGAGAUGCUGCUCAGAGGAUUACGAGCCUGUGCUGAACGUGCCUCGAAGUCGCGCACGACAAACUUGGAUCGAAUUUCGAAGACCACCAAGGAAUUGUUAGGAAGAAGAAGGGCUUUGAGGCUUGAUCCGAAUGCAUCGCACAUUGAGCGGUUAGUAGCAAACACUAGCUGCAGAAAAGCGUUGCAGGAGGAUCUUUUGAAGUACAGGCAGAAGAAGAUUCUAGAAGCAGCACAAAGAAGAACGAGUCUAAAGAAGUGCCGCAGGGAUCUCCGCGAAUAUAAUGUUCCGCUAGCAACCUUGCUGAGCGAAGACGGGACUCGCACGUCUUCUCGUCGUGAGAUGGAAAUCAUUACGGAGAGGUUCUACUCGAACCUUUUCCGUUCAUCAACUCCUGUGUCAAGCCCAAUCAUCCCCACUGGCGAAGCUCCACCACGGAUUCUCCCUUCGGAAGUACGAGUCGCUAUCAAGAGCAUGAAACCUGGCACAGCCCCCGGACCUGAUUUUAUUUCAGCAGACUUUCUUCGGGCUGGUGGCCAUCCGCUUCAUGUAAUCUUAGCAGCGCACAUGACAUCCUAUCUUCAGAAAGAAAGGAUCCCAGACCAGUGGAAGACCUCGCGAACCGUUCUUAUCCAUAAGAAAGGUGACCGAGAGGACCUUUUCCACCGCCCUCUCACCAUACCCAUUGGAAAGGGGAUCAUCCUCACACGCAUAUCUAGGACGCUGGAUGAAGCCCAGCCUCAAGAACAAGCUGGAUUCCGCCAAGGGUUCAGCUGCUUGGACCACAUCCAGACCGUGUCGAGGGUCAUAGAGGUUUGCCGGGAAUACCGCCUGCCCCUUGUUCUAACCUUCGUCGACUAUGAGAAAGCCUUUGACAGCGUAGAAACGAAUGCAAUACUGUCAGCGCUGGUCGAUCAAGGUGUGGACGCGUCGUAUGUGAGGACAUUAGCCAAUUGCUACGAACGAUGCACGACUAGGAUACAGCUUUUCCACCGCCCUCUCACCAUACCCAUUGGAAAGGGGGUACGACAAGGCGAUACUAUAUCGCCGAAGCUGUUCACGGCUGCAUUGCAGUGGAUAAUGAAAUCACUAUCCUGGGAAGAAAGGGGCAUACGUGUUGAUGGAAGAUUUCUUUCGAACCUUCGUUUCGCGGACGACAUCGUUCUCUUUUCGAGCAGUACCAAUGAAGCAGAAACGAUGCUCAACGAAUUGAACGAAGCAGGGAAGAGAAUAGGACUACGAAUAAACAGAAAGAAGACACAGUUCAUGAAGAACGCGCACUGCGAGGACGGAGGAGUACAACUUGAAGGCUCCCAAAUCGUGGAAACUCCGUCAUACGUAUACCCCGGACGUUCUAUGAACAUGGAAAACGACUUGAAGGAAGAACUGAAUAGAAGAAUGAGAGCAGCAUGGGCAGCAUUCGCAGCCGUCAGGGAAGCUACGGACCAACUGACGGACCAUGAUCUUCGUGCCCAUCUGUUCGACUCGACAGUCCUUCCAGCGCUCUGUUACGCAGCGGAGACGUGGGCAGACAUCGCGGCCACGUCUAGGAAGCUACUUACUACCCACAGAGCCCUUGAGAGAUGUCUCCUGAAGUUUAACCGGCGCACACAACACCUUGCCGGUCUUCGUAGCUCCGACUUAAGAGGAAUGUCCCGUCUUCGCGACCCAGCGGAAUAUGUAUCGAAAGCAAAACAUAGAUGGGCCGGUCACAUCAUGAGAAGAAUCGACGAUAGAUGGACUAAAAGAACGCUAGAGUGGAUCCCAAGGGACGCUAAACGCCCCCGAGGGAGACCGCCAACGAGAUGGAGUGACGUGUUCGCUGCACGGAUGGACCAGCUGAGAGCUCAGCUGGAUACGGCUCAAGGACCUCGUCAACGUCACUCACGAAGCUUGAGAACAUCUUGGAUGACAAUGGCGAGGGAACGAAAUGAGUGGAAGAGAUGCUGGGGCCCGCACGUCGAGUGA